AUGGAUUUGGACUCUAUGAAGUAUGCGGAGUUACAGAAGCUUGCCAAGGAACUGGGCCUUAAAGCUAAUAUGAAGGCAGACAGACUUCUGAGAGGGAUCAAACAGCACUACGAGAAGGAACAAGAUCAACAUCGAGACAACAACGUGGUGGAAGAGAAUGUUCCCCCAGAUGCCCCAAAGGCAGUCGAGGAUUGUGAUGUGUCAGUGCCUUCCCCUGCCAGUGCUUUUGUCAACACACGGAGAGGGAAAGGAGCGGCAAACAAGAGAGGGUUGUCUGCUGCCACAGGUCCUGCUCCAGAGAAGUCCAUUGAACCAGCUGAUUCUCAAUCUGCAAAAAAGAGACGAUUGGCUCUGGAAGUUGAGGUUCCAACUACAGUAAAGGAGUCAAAGGCUGAAGGAAAAGUGGCCAAAGCUGGUAAAAUCCCCCGUCUGCAGAAGAUUCCCUUGAAACCCGUAACUCCAAACUUUAAGAAACUCCAUGAAGCAGAGUUCAAUAAAAUGGAGUCCAUUUAUUCGUAUUUCCAAAGGAAAACCAAACAGAUGGAGACAUAUAAAAACUCAGUGACAGAACUAAAGAAACCAGUGCAGUCUCGCACAUCUCUCUUCAGUCCUGCUUCUUCUAGCAAAACUCAGGUGGAAGAAAGGCGCAGGCACACAUUAUUGUCAGCCUCAAAAACUAAAAUUGGAGCCAAAAAAUCAGUUGGAAAAGAGGAUGUCUCCUUCAAGCCGAGUAUCCUGUCCACAAGAAGAAUCAAUGUGCGGUUUUCAGAGGCAACUAAAGACAAUGAAUACAAAAAAUCUCUGAUUAAGACUCCAGCGCGCAUGUCUCCUUGUGUGGCCUCCAGCACUCCUCAGGAAAAGUCUGGAGCCAAGACAAAUGCUGUUAAAACUAAAACUUUGUCUGCCUCUAAAACACCAGGACCAUUUGUUUUUACUGGAAACACAAGCACCAUCACCACUCCUGGGACUCAGAAGAAAAACGCGUUUGAUCUGAAAGCAAGUCUGUCCCGUCCACUCAACUAUAAACCUCACACGGGGAAACUGAAGCCAUUUGCGGAUACAAAAGAAAUCGAUGCAUCCAACAAGUCCGUCAGUGUGAGCUCUCAUCAGAAGAACUACAAGCAGCACAAGGUUCAGACCAGGGAUGACCGAAGGGAAAAACACAAUGAAAACCGAAAACAGAAGAAAAGUAAUCUCCUAGGAGCUCGACGAGGUCUUGUCAUGAUGUGA